AUGUUGGCAUCAAGACGCAGCACCCGUCAGGCGCGGCAAGUUGUCUUGGCGGUCAGUGUUUUUGUCCUCAUCUACCUCUUCCUCCUACGCAGCAGCCCCUCGGUCGAUCAUGAGGCGGCCUUCCUGCGGCAUCACAUGAACGCCGACCCGCCAGAGCACACUCUCGUCGAGAGCUCCUUCGACUGGUCCUCGGUCAAGUUCGCCCAUGUGCCGCCACCCCUCGACCCGCCGGCGCCGCCGCUGCAGACGCGCCGCUCGCCCAAGAUGCCGCGCAUCCAGCACGUCUUCACCGACGACGACGACGAGGAGACGCAGGCCGCCGCCAUGCUGCGCGAGAGCCGGCGGCGCAAGGUCCGUGACGUCUUGGCGCGCGACUGGCAGAGCUACCGCGCGCACGCCUGGCUCCAGCCGAGUUGCAACGCGGCGCUGCUGGACACGGCGUGGGCCAUGUUUGAGACUGUCGCUAACGGGACGGCUGCCGGGUUUGGUCACGGGGCUGUCAAGGAAGUUACGGUGCCGCAGGACGAGCUUGUGCGGGAGGAUUACAUGGAGGGCUUUUGGCUGGCUGAGACGCUCAAGUACUUCUACCUUGUCUUGUCGCCGCCGGAUGUUAUCAGCUUGGAUGAGUUUGUGCUCAACACUGAGGCCCACCCUUUGCGGAUGCCGAGCUGA